UGCCGGAAGUGCCGGUGCCGGCGGGCGGCCAUGGCGGCGGGCGGGCAGCGGGGCGGGCCCGCGGGACUCGCCGCCUCCCGGCGCCGCGGCGCGGGCUGAGGGGAGCGGGCCGCCCGCCGCCGCCCUCCCGCUCCCUGCUUCUCCGCCGGAGGAAGGUGCAGAGCAUGGAGAAUGAUGAACUUCCGCCAGAGGAUGGGCUGGAUUGGUGUGGGGCUGUACUUGCUAGCAAGUGCUGCAGCUUUUUAUUACGUCUUUGAAAUCAAUGAGACUUACAACAAACUAGCACUGGAGCACAUUCAGCAACACCCCAAGGAACCACAGGAAGGAACCACAUGGACACACUCCUUAAAAGUACGACUGCUAUCCUUGCCAUUUUGGCUGUGGACGAUAAUAUUUUUAAUACCGUAUUUACAGAUGUUCUUGUUCCUCUAUUCCUGUACAAGAGCUGACCCCAAAACUGUUGGGUAUUGCAUCAUUCCUAUCUGCUUGGCUGUUAUUUGCAAUCGUCACCAAACAUUUGUGAAGGCCUCUAAUCAGAUCAGUAGAUUACAACUGAUUGACACUUAGCUCAACUUCUAGUCUCUCUUGCUGAUUUGAAGCAAUGCUUGAUCUAAUCACAAGACUGAAGUUCUGAGUGAAGGCUGGAAAGAGCCUUUUCUUUCAGGCUGAUAAGCAAUGAAGAGAGUGACUGUUUUCUAUUUAAAACAAACAAGUAACUACAAAGGUUUUUAAUUAUGGAUCUAUCAAGUGGUCAGAGUGGGAGAGCCCUGUGUGACACAAGAUGGAAGUAUUCCUCAUUUUGCCUUAAUGAUGCAAAAUUGCAACUCUCCAUCUGAAAUGUCCUGUGGGGAAACAAGUUUCUGGUCCACAACUUUGCUCCUCUGUGCAAAAAGUGAUUUCCUAUGUUUUCCCUUGGAGUGAAAUCAAUGAAAAGAUGUUUCUUUUGUGGUAAAUGUAAAAGGAAGAAAUUAAGACUGUGAUUAUAAAAGCUGCACUUAACACAAUUCUUUGCUUUUUCUUUUUUUUAUUAUCUACAUCAGUGCUGUUUUUAAUGAUUUUUUAAAAAAUAAGUUUAGAUAUAAAAACAGGAAGCAAAGAAUAAAGUUUGUGCAAACCUUUAAAGGGGAAAAGUA